UGGCUCCCCGCGUUUCCUUUCACCUUCUCCGGGCACACAUCUCCGUGGGUCCGCGGCAGGCCGUGUCGGAGGAUGUGGAAAUAGAAGCUCAAAAAAGUGAGGCUCUCAAUUCGGAACGUUCGAGCGGAAGAGCGUCAGCGCAGCUGCGGAAGAGAAGCGUUCGCGUCUGGACCAGGGAGGUGGCUCUGAGGGCUUGUAAACAGACCAGAGCGAGCGGACGGACGAAGGCAUCACCAGAGCCGCUCCUCCAUCCUCGGCUCUGCUCUCGACGCAGCGAUGCUCGUUCGUCUCGAGGAUAAACGCUAAUCCGAGCCUCCGCCGCUCCGCUCCCGCGCACCUCAGCAUCAACGCCGCGGGCACUUCUCUGCGGCCGUCUCCAGCAGCAGCGCGAUGCCGUAGACUCAACAUGAAGCUGUAGCACCGCGGGCUCCAAUGGGAUAAGAUGCGGCGGCACCGUGUGUUCCUGCUCUGCACUGUGGGGCUGUGUGUCAUCUCCUUCCUGCACUACUACAAGGCCCUGCACUAUGUGUCCCUGCGUGAGCUCACGGCACCCUACCCCUUCAAGUCCUUCAUCCUGAGCACCGGCUUCUUCUGGAGGGAACGAGGGCUGGCCUCUACCCCACUCAGCCCCGCCUCCCCAGAAGAGCCCCCUCCACAGAGGAAGGAGCCCAGAGCGGAGGUGUCUCAGGGCACUGCGCUGGGCAUCCAGGGGGUGGCUGUGGGGGCGGGGGGCGAGCUGGUCAGUGUGGGGCUGGAGGUGAGGGUCAGGGAGCAGCCCGCACCACCACACCUAUGGGAGAAGCCUGAGGAGGGCCAGGCCGGAGACACCAAAAGGGAAAGAGCAGAGGACAAACCCGCCCGCCUGGUCCCUACACCUCCCAGACCCAAUGGCUUGUUAUUUCCUAAGGACAGCCUGUGGGACCCGGUGGAAGCCAUGGGGGACCUGCACAAGCGCCCGCACCAGCUCCAGGACGACCCCACGGCCUACUUUGCACACACCAAAGCUGGGGCUCUGUGCUUCAGGCAGGGCACAGAGGUGGCCACCCCUAAGGAGUCCCCUGGAAAAACAGGAGGUGCCAUAGCCAACAAUGCUGUGGACAGUACUCGAGUUGGUCAGCGGAAGCUGGCGGAGGUCCAGUCGUCCAACGCUCCGAGACCCAAAGCCAGAGGGCGGACCCCGGGCAAGCGCCUGGUAAAGUGUGUGUGUCGGCCCGGCUGGCACGGCCCUUACUGCGGCGUCCCAACCAUGGUGUACCACUCCAACCUGCCCACCAAGGAACGCCUCACCCCCCGUAGAGUCCCACGCAGAGUCAUCAAUGCCAUCAACAUCAACCACGAGUUUGACCUGCUGCACGCACGCUUCCACGAGCUCUCCCAGGCUGUCGACCUGUUCAUUGUGUGUGAAUCCAACUUCACCGCCUACGGAGAGAGGCGCCCCCUGGGAUUCCUUCAGCGUUUGCUUAACGGCACGUACGACUAUGUGCGUGAGAAGCUGCUGUACGUGUUCCUGGACCACUUCCCGGACGGUGGGCGUCAGGACGGGUGGAUUGCCGAUGAUUACCUGCGCACCUUCCUGACUCGGAAUGGCAUGUCUCGUGUACUCGGGCUACGGCCGGAUGACGUUUUUGUUAUCAAUGACGCUGACGAGAUCCCGGCGCGAGAGGGACUACUUUUCCUCAAGUUGUUCGACGGCUGGACCGAGCCCUUCGCCCUGCACAUGCGCAAGUCGCUGUACGGAUUCUUCUGGAAGCAGUUUGGCUCUCUAGAGGUGAUCUCGGGCUGCACGGUGGGCAUGCUGCGGGACGUGUACGACUCCGAUGGCAUCAAGCUGCGGCGCCGCGAGUACUACACCAUGCCCGGCUUCCGCAAGUACGAGAACGACACGGGCCACAUCCUGGUGCAGUGGGCCCUGGGCAGCCCCGUCCACUUCGCCGGCUGGCACUGUUCCUGGUGCUUCACUCCCGAGGGCAUUCACUUCAAACUGGUGUCGGCGCAGAACGGGGACUUCCCUCGCUGGGGGGACUACGAGGACAAGCGCGACCUGAACUACAUCCGGCAGCUGAUCCGCACGGGGGGCUGGUUUGACGGGUCCCUGCAGGAGUACCCACCCGCCGACCCCAAGGAGCACAUGUACGCCCCCAGGUACAUGCUGGACAAUUACAAACAGUACCGCUACCUCCUGGAGAACCCUUACAGCCAAGUGUCACAGAACGGAGGAGAGUGAAGCCUGCACAAACAUGAGGUGAUGUGAGCUGCAUUAAGAGGCUUGUUUGAGUAGUUUUGACUAGUUUGGUUUCAGUUACACUUCAGGUCUACAAUACUUAAAGCUGCACAGUGUAACUUUUCUAUUGGAGGUAUGCCUAGUUUCCAUGGAGAUCUUAUUGCUCUGCGAGGAGUGUUCCCCAGUAAAGCAUUAGCCAUUUCUCUCUAGAAGUCUGUCUAACUGUGUUACUAGCUUCAGGCAGAUUUAACACCGUGUCCCAACAGCAAUCUGACCAGAACUGAAGAAGCCACUCUUCACUCGAAAACUUGUGACCAGUUGACAGAAUUACAUUUUUUGCUACAUUUCUGUCUAGCAUUAGUUUAAUUAUAGUUGUUUUAUUGCUCAAAAAUAUAUUAAAAAAAGUUGCAUUCUUACGGUUAGUGGGGUCGCCUCUCCACAGAUAUGACCUUGCUUUAUCUCCUUAUAGGUACAUUUAAUGCCGGAUUGUGGAACACUUGAAUUUUAAAAUCUUAAAGGCACUGUGCCAGAUUUUUACUGUCCCAAAAACAUGACAAACAGAACUAGUUCAUUUGAACUGUUUGCAGUGGUCCAAAGUUAUUCCUCUCUUAAACCAGAGCAUUGUUUGUUUGAGAGCACACAACAGACUUAUUUUGAAAAUCUGCUCUGGGGCUAGGUACCUUUUCCUCAAAUACAUGGGAAAAAUUAGGUAAAGGGCCUUUAAUAUGGGUACUGGCAGUAUUUUAAAAAAUUAAGUAGGAAAUCUAGUCAGAACUACUCAAAAAAUACAAGAGACUCCUGUAGAUCCACCUCUCACAUUACGUCCACCCUGAUCCUCCUCCCUUUGACAUGCACUGGAUACAGACCUGUCUUGUUCUAGCCCUGAUGCCCUCCUGGACGUCUUCCUGUCAUGUCCAACCGCCCACACACACACGCACACACACACGCACACACGCACACACUCACUGCCAAUGUCCUGGAGCUCCUGUCUGCAGUGUCUCCGUUGUCCAUGCUGAGGGCGGGUCAGACACAGGGACAGACUUCAAUGACGCAGUACAGCGAUGGGAAGUUCUGUCAUUUUUUUACACAAUAAAGUACAGCAAAAAAGGAACUUCUACAACUAUCCAAAUGACUUGAAUGUUUUUGUAUUUCAGUGGUUUCUGAGACCAGGUCAAAGGGCAUAGACUGUAUAUAGAAGUGGACUGAGGGACGCCAUAUUCUUCGGCUCCAGCCAAGGCUAACAGUUUUAGAGGCUAAUUUUGAGUUCCGUAUUUGGAAAUCCAAUCAGAAGCGAAGUUGUUGAAGGUACUUGUCAUCCCUUUUGCCCACACUGCUGGUUCUGGCAGGGGGUGGGCACUUAGUAACAAGGCACAAUAGUUGUUGAUCAAACGUGUUUGAUGUGAACAGUUUAAGGUCAAAAUAAUGAGCCUGACAGCAGCAGUUGCAGAGAGAGGGGCCACAGUUUUUCAACAGAAAAUGAACUGGAGCCAGAGCCGAAUGAGCUAAAUGCCCGUGUUCACUUUCUGUUUAGAAUCCGGUGGCUAGUGGCUUAAUUAUGUCCACUCUAUGUCUCUAUGUCCAGUCUAUGGGGAGUGCAGUCUAAGCAGAGAUGUCUAACAUGUCCUGAGUCCUUUGACAUAGAGGAGCAGCAGCUCUACUCCGAGUUCGUCCCAGGUAACUGAACUAGGAAGCUCCCAGCCGGUCACCCUGAGCAGGAAACUCAUUUGAAUCACAUAUAUUCGACAUCUUUUUCAGUCAACACUCAAGAAUGUAUGUGGAAAAUCAACUCACUUUGCUGGUGCAUUGUGUAACUUAUUUUAUUUUCUUGCUUUGCCUGGAAUGUUCCGCAAUAUGACGAUAAACAUAAUAUCUUGCAUACUUAUUGUUGAUAUCACCUGCUUUUUACCAUGGAGAUAGAUACACGUCAUGCCAUAUUAUUGAACAUUCCAGAAAAAGCAAUGGCUUCUCUAUACAGACCAGGAGAUGUCAGACCAUCACCCAGAAAAGUUAGAUGUUGAAUUCAAGUCAUUUGAAUAGGACAUUUUUUCCUUUUUUGCGGUGCUUGUUGGAGUGUUCUGAAGCGUACAGUCCACUCAGGGCAGGGCCUUCUCCUCUUACUCAGAUAGAUCACCGAAGAAAAAAAAAAAAAAACAGUUUGAAACUGAGCAAUAUUCAAACAUUUGACUGCAGCAGGGUGAGAUUUGUCCAUGUUUUUUUCUUUUUCUUUUUUUUUUGAGUCGUUGGUGAUUGAUUCAACAGGCCAUGAAACUACCUGCAGCCUUCUCUGUAGUUUCGAGAUACAGGCAUCGCAUUGUCCCCAGAGCUCUUAGUGGAACUGGGUAUGUCUCGGAUAACAGCCGAAGCCCAAGUGGCAGAAAGUCAACACCUCACUGGAUCCUCUGUCUUCGUUACAAAGUUCUUUCAGCCCAAAUCCCACCCCUGCAGCUGGGGAAAGAUGAUCCACAAACACUCCACAGCCCCAUUCACACACAGGUCCCCGGAUCAUCAGCACGACACAGCCCCAUUCACACACAGGUCCCCGCAUCAUCAGCACGACACAGCCCCAUUCACACACAGGUCCCCGCAUCAUCAGCACGACACAGCCCCCUUCACACACAGGUCCCCGGAUCAUCAGCACGACACAGCCCCCUUCACACACAGGUCCCCGCAUCAUCAGCACGACACAGCCCCAUUCACACACAGGUCCCCGCAUCAUCAGCACGACACAGCCCCAUUCACACACAGGUCCCCGCAUCAUCAGCACGACACAGCCCCAUUCACACACAGGUCCCCAGAUCAUCAGCACGACACAGCCCCCUUCACACACAGGUCCCCGCAUCAUCAGCACGACACAGCCCCCUUCACACACAGGUCCCCGGAUCAUCAGCACGACACAGCCCCAUUCACACACAGGUCCCCGGAUCAUCAGCACGACACAGCCCCAUUCACACACAGGUCCCCGGAUCAUCAGCACGACACAGCCCCCUUCACACACAGGUCCCCGCAUCAUCAGCACGACACAGCCCCAUUCACACACAGGUCCCCGGAUCAUCAGCACGACACAGCCCCAUUCACACACAGGUCCCCGGAUCAUCAGCACGACACAGCCCCCUUCACACACAGGUCCCCGCAUCAUCAGCACGACACAGCCCCAUUCACACACAGGUCCCCGGAUCAUCAGCACGACACAGCCCCAUUCACACCCAGGUCCCCGGAUCAUCAGCACGACACAGCCCCAUUCACACACAGGUCCCCGGAUCAUCAGCACGACACAGCCCCCUUCACACACAGGUCCCUGCAUCAUCAGCACGACACAGCCCCAUUCACACACAGGUCCCCAGAUCAUCAACGAGAUACAGCCCCAUUCACACAUAAGUCCCUGGCUCAUCAUCACGACACAGCCCCAUUCACACACAGGUUCCCGAAAACUGCAGAGAACAAAGUGACAGAAUGCCAGAAUGAGCACACUGCACAUCAUUUAAGAUAAAGGAAAAUGUAACCAUGUAGCAUAACCAGGAAACUAUGCCGGUAACCAAGGAAACCAAGUAGUGGUAUUGACAAUUUCACAUAUGCAGGAGAAUCUUUGCUUUGUUCACACAUGACCCUGCUCUGGCAGAAAGCAGGUAAAUUUCGGGUCAGACUGCAUGUGUGAAUGGGGUUUAAUGUUAACGUGCAUUUAUUUUGGGAGACAUGCUGAACUCGAAUUCCAUCCAACCAAAGACAGAAGCUAGUUUUAACCUAGCGUUGGGCUACAGAGAGGUCAGAGGUUAAAUGGCUGAACCAGUAGGUUGAGUUCACAACAUUGUGACGAUUUGAGAUGGAGAACAGAGGCCUAUAGAACGCUUUGAACAUUUGUGGAUCAUAGGUUUAAUCUUAUUCUUUGUUUGGAUUACACAAACUUGUUAUUUUAGUCAUAUUAAUCAAGUCAUUUCAGCUGACAUCUGACAUCUUUGGGAUUAUAUAUAUAUUACCAUUUCUUUUUGAAGCUGGCCUGUUAUUCAAAAUGUUUUUCAGAGCUUUUAACCAUGUUAUAGUUCACCGUUUAGUCACCCAAAGUUGUAUCUGAGUUAAAUGUGAAUGUUUGGUCUAUCUUUAAUCACUUAUUUUUAAGAUGCCAUAUUGCUGUUUCUCUGUUUUCACCUGUAAAAUCCCGCUGUGACAUACACACUUCAUUCUCCAGUUUUAUUUUCUUAAUCAGUGAUUCGCUACAAUUCAGUAGUGUCAUGUAGUCAUUUGGCAUUUUUUUCAUAUGCUUCUCACUAGUGUGUUUUGCACCAUCGGAGAUGGUAACAGCUCUUACUUUCACAAGCUGCUCCCAUGGGCAUUGGGUUUUCUAACCAUGAACAUCAGCACACUUUCUUUUGUUAAAUUUUUUGAGAUCAGUAUUGUGAUUCAAAAUGUGCAAAUUAUACAAUGAUCUGACCUGUAAUUUGUUCUGGUUUAAAGCCAUAUUGUGAAAUAUUCAUGGCAAAACAGUGGAAACAACAUAAUGAAUGCACCGUUAUUUUUGCUUAAACCUUAAAACAGUUUAAAAAAAAAAAAAAGGUGCAAAUCCCACCAAAGAAUUCUGGCCUGUCCUCCAUCUCUAUUUGAAAACUAUGGGCAGAUUAGAAUGUUGUGAUGUAUGUGUAUGUGAACCCAACCUAUUAGAAUUGCUCAAUGUUUUGAAUUAUUAUUUUUGUAUUUGUUUUUUGCACUAUUUUCUGUGAUGUCAAUCCUCACCAAUGUAGUCUUUUCUGUGUGUGGGGUCUUUCGUUUUUCUGAAGCCACAGGCAGCUUGUUUAGGGGUCCGAGUGAAGAGUGAGGAGUGAGGAGUGAGGUGCACUGUGCGGCGCAGAGUAAACCCUCAGUCAGCCACUAGAGGGCGCAUCUCACCGUUAUCAAACCAACCCUGCUUACUCCCCCUGUGUUCUUCCACUCUAUCUGACACAGUGUAUAGUAAUGGAGUAAUGUGGUGUGUAGGGCACAGGGAAGGGUAGGGCUGUUGGCCACAUGGCUCAAGCAGAAGAACUACAACUACUACCAGUACUACUACUACUACUACUACUAAAGUAACAAAUUACAUUAAGGCUAACUAGGAAGGACUUAAAUUCAUACUAAUGUUAAAAAUGCACUAUGUAAUUUUUCUGAUGGUGGGGUUGUCUGUCACCUGCUCAUCUCCAUGGAGAUGUUGUUGCGUUAUCAGUUUUAUCUGUCUCACACUGGUUUGGUGGCAGAUGUUUUUAUUGGUAACAAUAGAUAAUCAAAUACUAAUGUGAGCAAGCUUGCCACUCCACAGAUCUGCUGAAGAGAAGUUAAACACCGUGCUGCGGAACAUUCUAGAUAAAGCAAUAGUAUAUUUAUGCAGGUGGUGGACCUUCCUAUGGGAAUUCCUAUCUUACAUACAUAACCCAACUCUUAACUCAGCACUUAACUCUCCGCUUACAUUUGUGAUGAGAUUUUAAAUGAAUAUUUCCAAUUCACAUUAUACUGAGUAACUGAGACCACACCUGGACAAAAAUGGGGCUUUGCAUACAGAAAUUACUCAAAAGUUUAAAAAGUAUUUGGAAAAAAAACUGUUACUUAAGUAAUUAUAACUACUGGACAUAACAUAACACAUAACAUAUGAUUUAUAACUUUAAGUUAAUAUAAUUAGAAGUACAACAUUGAAAUACUUCACAAAAUGUGUUAUUUUCAAAGAAUAGACACAAAACUGAGACUAACUAAAUCAUAUCUGAAGGAGCAGUGCAAGAAACACACAUCAUCAAUCAAUCAUUUCAGUCAUUUACUCAAGUAAGAGUACUAUUUUACUGUACAAUAUAUUACUCAAGUAGGAUUAAAAAUGUGCCAUCUGAAAACUACUCCAAAAGUACAUUUGUACUAAAUGAUUACUCAAGAAAUGUACUUGGGUAAGUACUUGCAUAUCCAAUAGUACAUACUUUCAGCUAUAUCACUUUUAAUAUGUUUGUCAUUUUAACAAGAAUUAUGUUAUUUGAAAUAAAACUCUGCUGUUUGAUUUGGUUCCGCCUCUGUACCACAGCGCCCUCUACUGUGGCUCAGUACUGCCCCGGGUUUAUUCUGUGUGAAUCUCUGGAAUGCACCUUACUAAGAGAGAAGCAUUUUAUAUGUAACAUAAUGAAUAUUUAUAUGACUCUUUGUGUAUUGUUUCAUGUCUGACACUUUCUUCUUGUUUAGACCUGUGAUUUCUGGACAUCAUUUGCGUCAUCACAUUUUGCACUUGUUUCAAUGUUGUUGAAUUUCUUUUUUUUUUUUUACUAAAAGAAAAAGACUUUAAAUGUUUUUAUUAUGAUUUUUAAAGUGAAAAUUUCACUUUUUAAAUAUUAAGUACAAGUAUUUUUAAGCCCUCAAAUUCAACAGUUGUAAAAUAUUCGCAGCAAAGACAUAAGCAUCAAUCAUGUGUGAUUGAAGGGGACAGAUGCUGUUUUCCUAUUGGCCUUUCUCUUCUGUGGGUGGGACUUAUAGUAAAGGACUCAAAGAGAUGAGAUUUGGAUUAGGCCAAUUCUGACCAAUCAGAUCAGCUCCGUGGUUCAACUUCCUGGUUGUACAUUAGAUCGACUCACUUUGGAUGUAUUGCUUGUACGUUGGCAUCUUGACUCUUCACUGCAAAUUUUGAAUCAUAUUGAAAACAUUUACUUAAAAUAACAUCAAUUGAAAUUCAGAAUAAAAACAAUUCAAACAACUGAAAGUGAGAAAUUCAAUAGCAUUUCAAACUCCAAAUGUGAUGACACAAAUGCUCCUCCAUAUUUCAGUUUUGUUGUACAGACUUUGGCCCUGCACAUGCACUGAUGGGAGUGGACUGUGAAAUUCUUCAUAUUUGACUCUUGGCUCUGAUGAUCUGUAAUGUUAACACAUAACCUGGACACCAAUCAACAGCAGAGCGCCCCCUGUGGAUCGCUGACUGUACUUUUCUAAUGGGAAUGAAGAUGGUAAGACUGUCUUGUUCACUUCUGAAUGGCAUCAUUAAAUUAUUUUACAUUUUUAAA